UUUGAAGGUUUGAAGGCGGCUAAAGCAAGCAAUCCCAGGAAACUAGUGCCAAUAAGAACGGGAAAGCGCACGUAUGGUAGUUAAAGCAUUUUUCUAAAAUAAUAAAAAAAAUAAAUAAAGUAUUUAUUGCAAAGAAAGCGGAUACGGAUAUCAGUGCGAAAAGAAUAUGAGUAUCAAAUAGAAUGUCUGCGUAAAUCAUGAGCUGAAUAUAACAAAAAUUAAUGAGCUAGAAAGUGAUAAAAAUAAUUUGAAACUAUCGGUUGUAAACCAUACAAAAAGAAGAAGUGUGCAAUAGAAAUGCUUCCAAUUAAGCAUAAAAUAAAUUUGUUGUGAUGCAUUAGGAAAUGCGUUGAUGCUUGUUUGAAUCAAAAGUGAUAAGGAUCCAAGAUCCAUUGUGUAAAAUUGGAAAUUCUACAUACAUAUUUUGUAUGUGUGUGUGAAGGAGCUGCUUAGAUUUGUGGCAAAGUUUUGAUGGUGUUACGAAAAGAUUAUAAAAAGAAAAUUUUGAUUCUCAAACCGUAAAUAAGCGCACUCCCAUGGUUAUGGCCGUGAUUCUAUUGAUCGCAAUCGCUAUACUUUUGGCUUUCUAUUGCAACUUCGAUUUGGGCAAAGCAGCCACCGCCUAUUUGAAGCCGCUGCUAACACGCUGCCGCGCCGGACGAAAUGCUAAGCUAGUCGCCGCCAUCAGUUCGACGAUAGCAUCAGAUGAUUAUUAUCAUGCAAAGGAAAUUCCACGACCACGCGGAGUCUGGGAUAUACCAGGGCCGCUGCCAAUACCCUUCCUUGGCACGAAAUGGGUAUUUUGGGUAUUCUUUCGCAAGUAUAAAAUGUCGCUGAUGCAUGAAAUGUAUACGGAUUGGCACCGCAAAUAUGGGCAAAUCGCUUUGGAAGUGACGACCUCUGGCGUACCCAUAGUGCAUUUGUUCGAACGCACUGACCUGGAAAAGGUGCUGAAAUAUCCAAGCCGUUACCCCUUCCGGCCGCCCACUGAAAUUGUCGUUAUGUAUCGAUUAUCGCGACCUGAUCGAUAUUCCAGUUUGGGCAUUGUGAAUGAGCAGGGCCCCACUUGGCAGAAGUUACGCUCUUCGCUCACCUCUUACAUAACAUCGCCCCGCGUACUCUACAACUUCCUGCCUGUGCUGAAUGUCGUCUGCGAUGACUUCAUUGAACUGUUGCGGCAUCAACGCAAUCCACAAACGCUUGAAGUAUAUAACUUUGAAGACAUUGCCAAUCUAAUGGGCCUGGAAGCGGUUUGUACGCUCAUGCUCGGCCGACGCAUGGGUUUCCUGGACAAAAGUGGCGAGCAGCCGGGGCGUAUCAGCCAGCUGGCGUGCGCGGUGAAGCAGCUGUUCAUAUCACAACGCGACUCCUACUACGGCAUGGGAUUGUGGAAGUAUCUGCCAACGAAAACAUAUCGAGAUUUUGUGCGCGCCGAGGAGGUGAUCUAUGAUGUUAUUUCCGAGAUGGUUGAAAUGGCACUACAAGAGGACUACCUCACCUCGGCGAGCGAUGAGAGCGAGGCGGCUUUGCGUAGUAUAUUCUUGAAUAUACUGGAGCUGAAGGAUCUAGAUAUACGUGAUAAGAAAUCGGCGAUUGUCGACUUCAUAGCGGCGGGCAUUGAAACGCUUGCCAAUACGGUGCUCUUUGUACUCAGCUCAGUGACCAGCGAUGAGCGGGUAAUUACGCGCAUACUGGACGAUUUCCGUGAAUAUCGUAAAACGACUAUAACGAAGGAGGCCAUUGCCAAGGCGGACUACACCAAAGCAUGCGUGCAGGAGUCGUAUCGCAUUAGGCCGACAGCGUUCUGCUUGGCGCGCAUACUCGAGGAGAAUAUGGAGCUGUCGGGCUAUCAUCUCAAAGCGGGCACGGUGGUGCUUUGCCAAAAUAUGAUUGCCUGCAACAAUGAUGCCAAUUUUCCAAAUGCCAAAGAAUAUCGGCCUGAACGUUGGCUAGAUGAGGAGGCUCACUUUACGGUUAAUGUACCGAAUGCGUGUAUUGUAGUGCCCUUUGGUAUCGGGAAGCGUACAUGUCCGGGCAAACGGUUUGUCGAAAUGGAAGUGAUGCUGCUAUUGGCUAAGCUGAUACUCGCUUUCGACAUCAAAUUUAAAGAGCCACUGCAAACAGAAUUUGAAUUUUUGCUUGCGCCUAAAACGCCACUAACCUUAAUUAUGCGAGACCGCGUCUAUUGAGUGAGCGACCGUUCACACACAUACUGCCAACUACAAACACCGCGGUAUUUGAUUUGAGUGAGUCACACUGGUUCUGAGCCGGCCCGACACUGUGUAGCUUUGUGAAUUAAUUGUAAAUUACUAAAGAAAAAUUUAAAAAAAAAAAUAUCUAAGAAAAAUACUAUUUUACCAAUACACUUUAGCGAAGGUUGUAAAUAAUUGAAAAAUAUUACACACACCCACACACACACACAUAUACUUUAUUAGUUACAAUUGUGAGCAUUGUUGCGUAACGAAAGACUGUUUUAAUUUUAAAAAUAUAUAUUUAUUAAUUUUUCAUUAAGAAAAUGUUGCAAUAUUUAUCCAAAAAAAAAUAAAAUAAACUUGAAGAAAUCUUAAAAUGUGUAUACAUACUUAUAAAAGUGAAUAGUUUUUAAUUGUAAAAAUAUCAAACUUAAAUAGCAAACAAAGCCAGAUGAACUCUAAAUGUUUAGAAAAAUAUUUUA